AUUAAUUAGAAGAAAAUGGAACAAGAAAGCAAGGAAGAAAAGAAAGAGUACUCUGAAAAGAUGACUAAGAUGCAUAAGGAGAUUAAUAAUAUUAAUAAGAAGUUAAGGCAGGUUUUCUCUACAAUUAACUGAGAAGUUUCAAAUCUCAAAAUAAACGUGAGAUUAAUGGUCCAGAAGGUCAUAGAGAUUUUACAUAAUGAAACAGGAGUUAAGCUAGUUGCUAGUUUUCGAGAGAUUCUUGAUAGAUUUACAAAGGAUGUUCCAGCUGGAAUAAUUCCAUCUCAGAGGAAUAACCCUGAAAGAAGUACUGAAAAGUCACUUGAAAUAGCAAGACUGCUGUGAAUCAUCAGCAAGAAAUACUUUGAAAUAGUAUCGUUUAAGAUCAGAGGAAGGAAUAUACAUUUCUCAGGAGAGAAAGAAGAGCAGCUUCCUUCUUGCAGACAGAACAUUAAUCAAAACCUUGAUCUUUGAUCCAACAGAGAGGGACCUGAUAUGAUCUCCUUCUUCAAGAAAAAGUGUCUGAAAUCCAAGAUCCUUGCCGAAGAGAUAGAGCUUCUGAAAAAGAACGAAGAGCGGGAGAAGGCAACAGAAAUUGUAAAAUCAAGAUACUCUCCAAAGCCUGAUCAUCCCUCUGGUGAUGAUUUAGUCGAGAAUACAAAACAAAAUUACGAUAGUAUUGACAUUUUUACUGAUGAAGAGAUCAAUUUGGAUAAGCUUGGAACGAUGUUUUUAAAAAUUCACAAGAACAGUGAAUUGAAGUACUCCGUACUUUUUGACGAGUUUGGAGAAGGCAACUGAAUAGUUAUUGAAUUUUCCAAAUAAAAUGACCAUCUUUAUUCGCGUAAAUGCAACCCAUACCACACCUCUAGCUUGUUGCUUCUGUGCUUAUAGGGAGAAGAACAAGAGAGGUAGGACCUUGCAGCCUGAAUCAAAGUCUAGUGUGAAGUACUUUAGGUCAGUUCAGGAGCUAGGGAUUGAGGUUAUGAACCAUUUUGUAAGUACACAGAAAUACCCGAUCUUGUAUUUUAUUGAAUGGUGUUGGGGAUUUUGCAAAUUUUUAACUCUGAAAUGCAAUGAUAACGAAAGCUGGAUGUACUUUAAUGCCAAAUAUGGAUUCCUCCCACCUGAUGCAAUAUCAUCAAGCAUCCCAGAUGAGAAAUUAGGUGCUAAAGUUGUUCAUAAAAGCUGUAAAGCUAAUUAUAAUUGGUAACAGAAUAUAAGAAA